GUUUACAUGUGUACUCAAACCUUAUGGAUGAGCAGAAACAGCAUAAAUUGUCAUUGCAAAUGAGCCAACAACAGCACAAACAAAUACAAAUAGCACAACAAAGUAUUAAACCAACCAGUGCAAUGAUUUCGUCCGCAUUAUUAAAUGACGAUCUGGACUUGGACGAUCCAGUUAGUGCGUCAUUUGUUGCACACGAAAGCGUUGAUUCAAGUUUCACAGCUUCUAACGGUAUUGGAGGCGGAGGCGGCGGUUCCACUACUUUGAAUGGCCUCAAUCGUUUGCGUAUACUAAACAACACAACCAUGAUAAAUACAGCACUGGACUUAGAUAGCUUAGAUGGGUCCAGCUUAGGAAACAACUCCCAGUCAUGCUUAGUCAAAGGAGCACCUCCAAUACCUUAACCCAAUUGAUACCCAAAACUUACAUUCUAAGUAUCAUAAUGAUGGACUAAAGAACGUCAGGGCCUGCGAGUGGCCGAUAGAUAACUCGUAACAGCCUUAAUUUGAUAGCACCUUCAAAGAUUGAGAACUACCAGAUGGCUUGUUGGAGGUGCAUAUGUGCCACCUAUGUAAUUCUGAUAAGUUCCUAACUCAAAAUUGCACUUGAUCCAUUUUUUAAAUACACGGUAAGCUCUUAAAUGUCCCAAUUACUGUUUUUACGCG